AUGUCCAAAGACGUGCGGAGGAGGGGCGCAGGCCAGUACCGCUGCGCCGGGGCCAGGGUGAGCCAGGGCGGGGGCAGCAGGGACAGGUCCGGGAGUAACAGCUCUGGUUCUUCUCAUGGAGGUGGCAGAAGCAAGAACACAUCUAUAAAUGCUCUGAAGGCCUCCUUCCAGCGUUCCAAUAGUCAUGACAAAGUUAGGAAGAUUGUUGCAGAGGAAGGACGUGCUGCUCGAAACCUCAUAGCAUGGAGUGUUCCCCUGGAAACCAAAGAAGAGGAAGCUAAAUCUAAAAACAACUCAAAAAACCAGAGAGCUGGCCCGCAGAGGAGCAGGAAGAAUGCUGGAGUUGACAAUAAAAGUACCUCUGCUCUGGACAAAGGCAUGGAGAAGAGCCCCUCAAAGAGCAGACAACCUCGGAAAGUGGACCUGCGUGCUCGAUACUGGGCCUUUCUUUUUGAUAACCUGAGGAGGGCUGUGGAUGAGAUCUACGUGACCUGUGAAUCUGACCAGAGUGUUGUGGAGUGUAGGGAGGUGCUGAUGAUGUUAGACAACUAUGUUCGUGAUUUCAAAGCUCUGAUUGAUUGGAUUCAGCUUCAGGAGAAGUUGGAGAACACAGAUGCUCAGAAUAGGCCCACUUCUUUGGCCUGGGAGGUACGGAAGAUGUCCCCUGGUCGUCAUGUGAUGGGGAGCCCUUCAGCUGACAGAGUAGUCCCCUCUCCGGGUGUUCGGCGUGCACUCAACUUUGGAGGUCCUCCACCUUCAUUGGCAGCAGCUCGCCUCUCUCAUACUGGUCCCAGUUGGGCGGACAGAGUGAAGUAUUCUCAUUCAUCACACGGCAGUCACACUACAGUCUUACAAGUGGAGAAACCAGGUAAAAAAGAUGCAGAGGGAUGGGAGACCGUGCAGCGAGGGCGACCUGCCAAGCCCCGCUCUGCCGCCAUGAUCGCCAAGGUCAGUCCCGUCGUGGCCCAGACUCCUCCCAAAGCCGACCAGACCAGAGCCAAAGCACCACCGCCGCAGGAACCAGUUGUCACUCAAUGCCAGAGUCAAGACCUCAAACCAGCGGAGGAAGAUCUCAAGAAGGAAGUUCACAAGAGCGGGGACGCACUGGAGUCCCCAGCAGAGGGUGUCCAAGAUACAGGACAGGCUUUCUGCACUUUUCCUCUGGAAGAAGCGCCACUCCCCACCCCAAUCCAAGCCCCUGAGCCCACCCCCACCCCCCCCUCAGCCAUAUCAGCCCCUGUGGACAGACUGUUGACUCUGGGGGGCAGUGGGACGGUUUGGGCUACAUCUGCUCCAGGACAGGCCAAGACUCCAGACAAAAGGUGGUGGGGUUGGGUGAGUGUUUGGGGGGGGGGGGGUGUGGGGUGUGGGUGGGGGUUGGGGGGAGGGGGGGGGUGGGGAUGUUUUGAUGGUAGUGUUGGGGAGAAAGACGUGAGGAAAUGGAAGGAGGAGCUGUUGGAGCAACGUCGGAAAAUGAUGGAAGAAAAGCUGCUUCAUGCGGAGUUGAAGAGAGAGGUGCAGCUACAAGCUAUUGUCAAAAAGGCCCAAGAAGAGGAAGCAAAGGUGAAUGAAAUAGCCUUCAUCAACACUCUCGAGGCUCAGAACAAGAGGCACGACGCUUUGGCCAAACUGAACGAGUACGAACAGCGGCUGAACGAGCUCCAAGAAGAACGACAGAGGAGACAGGAGGAGAAAACAGGCCCGCGACGAGGCCGUGCAGGUGACCCCAUCCAGACCCCAUCCAGACCCCAUCGUGACCCCAUCCAGACCCCAUCCAGACCCCAUCCAGACCCCAUCGUGACCCCAUCGUGA